AUAUUGAAAAUCGCAAAAACCAAUGGAGAUAAGUAGUAUAAAUAACACUCAAUGCGAUGGUGUGUUUGUCCAGAAUCUGUGUUUCGGGUAUAAUCGGCGACAAAAACCCGAGAUAUCCAACGCCAGCCUACAUGUGCCGCGCGGUGUCAUCUACGGCCUGUUGGGUUCCAGCGGUUGCGGCAAAACAACACUCUUGCGGUGUAUUAUCGGCCGAUUGAAGCCCCGAAAGGGUACCGUCAGAGUGUUUGACACAAAGCCCGGAACCUCUGAAAGUGGUAUUCCAGGCCCGGGUAUUGGAUAUAUGCCACAAGAGUUAGCACUGAUAUCCCAGUUCACCGUCAAAGAGACGCUCCGAUACUAUUCAGGCUUUUGUAAUACCGAUUGCACAAUAUUUCAAAAGCGUAUGCAUUUCUUACUACAAUUACUAGAGUUGUCGCACUUGGAGAACAAGUUUGUCGACAAUCUGUCCGGUGGCCAAAAACGGCGGGUCUCGUUGGCCAUUGCACUCAUCAAUAAUCCGCCGCUACUGAUCCUCGACGAGCCAACAGUCGGUGUCGAUCCCAUACUCAGGGAAUGUAUUUGGAAUUAUUUGGUUAAGAUUAGCAAAGAAGGACUUACGGUAAUAGUGACAACACAUUACAUAGAGGAGGCGGGUUCGGCCGAUAUGGUGGGCUUCAUGAGAUCCGGCAAAAUACUGGCCGAAGGAAAUCCGCACGCAUUGGUGGCCCACUAUCGGGUCAAUACUAUGGAGAAGUUGUUUCUGAUGUUAGCCAAACAGGACGACACUAUUCAACAACAAAACGACAGUUCCCUUGCCAUCGAUCACUCAUUCAUCGACCAAACAGACAAUAUGAAUGAAUCACAUAAGAAAUUAGAGAUACUGUUGAACGAGCCGUUGGUCUGCAACGGAAAAGCCAACAGUUUGUCUCAAUUAGACGCCAAAGCCAUGUCUGCAACGGCAGCGUCGCUGUCGCGGCGCAGCGCCGGACACUACGCCGAUCACAACAGUCUGUUCUCCACCGCCCGCAACAACAAAGAAGUGUAUACACAGAUAGAGCCGGACAUCGAGAUCGUCAACAACGUGUCGGCGCGUAAUAAUAACAACGAAUUAGUUAACUUUAGGACCAAACAAAAGGUGCGGUCCGUCGACCGGAUCAAAGUGUUGUGCAAUAAGAAUCGGCUGCGACUGUUCCGGCGGAUACCAGAGCUGUUGAUAACUAUGUUGUUACCGGCCCUCGAAGUGGCCCUCUUUGCACUUUGCAUGGGUCGCGAUCCCACCGCUGUCCAGUUAGCCGUCAGUAAUCAGGAGUUCCCACCCGUAUUGAGUCAACUCUUUUUGCAAUCCAUUGACAACAACUUUAUUGCAUUAAAAUACUAUCCAACUCCCGAAUCGGCCAUAGAUUCGGUUCGGAAUGCAGACACCUAUUCUGCGCUUAUCAUAUCAGAUAACUUUUCACUGGCGUUGAGAAAUCUAUAUCGAUCGGGUGACCAGAUUGACAAUCAAACAGUGGACGAUAGCACCAUUAAGAUCUAUUACGACGGAUCCAAUGCAUUGCACGUCAAUAUUAUCCGUCGGGAGGUAUUUGGCGCUGUGUUCAAAUUUGCCGAAACGGUUGCCUACACUUUCGGUGAAGACCUGUCCCGAUUCAAACUGCCCGUCCGUUUUGAGCGACCCAUCUAUGGCUCAGAAAAGGCCGAUAUGAUUGAGUUUGUCGGACCGGGACUUAUGAUUUUUAUUGUCUUUUUUGCCACAAUGUCCAUCACUAGUAUGGCUUUCCUAUCGGAGAGACGCGAAGGUACAUUAGAGCGUUCAAUGAUCUCUGGUGUGACACCGACUGAAUUCAUAGUCUCGCAGAUAAUUAACGUCACUCUACUGUUAAUAUCGCAAAUCGCACUGACAGUUGUGAUGGGCUUCUGGAUAUUCGACUUCCCAAUGAAUGGCUCAUACAUAUUGGCCAUAUUAAUGAUGUUUCUUCAGGGUAUAUGCGGUAUGUGCUACGGGCUAAUGUUGUCUGCAAUUUGUACGCACGAGAUAAUCGCCCUGUGUUUGGGCGCCGGCUCUCAACUCAUGUUUUGCUUUAUAACCGGCAUCUUCUGGCCGGUCGACACAAUGAUACCAUUGCUCCGGUAUAUCAGUUAUCUAAUGCCUCAGACAAUACCAAUGGAGGCCUACCGACACAUAUUGAUCCGUGGCUUUGAUUUGUCCAAACAAGCCGUACUCAACGGCUUCCUCAUCACUGGUGUAUGGAUCGCAUUCUUCCUGAUCGCCGCUAUUGUGAUAUUUAAACUUAAAUAAUAAAAAUUGAUAAUUAAUUUUAUUUUUGAAUUAAACUUAAUAUGUGUUACUGAUAUAUGCUAUAAAAAUUAAUUUAAUUAUUGAUGUUUU